AUGUUGAAAAAUGGCUCGAACGUGUCCAAGAAUCCUGCUCUUCUUACUGAUCAGGACUCUCAUGUGGAUGAUGGCGAUGAGAAUCCUGAGCGUGGAAACUGGACCAACAAGACAGAGUACAUGCUCUCUAUGAUAGGGUUUGCUAUUGGUCUUGGAAAUGUCUGGAGAUUUCCAUACGUGGCCUAUAAGAACGGCGGCGGUGCCUUUCUCAUUCCCUAUUUCCUGAUGUUGGUUUUAUGUGGAAUUCCUCUUUUCUUCCUGGAAAGUGCCAUCGGCCAGUUCUGCAGCCAAGGGCCGGUCAACAUGUGGAGAGCAGUGCCGUUACUGCAGGGUGUCGGCCUAUCCAUGGUUGUUGUGAACGCAAUAACAUCAAUUCUUUAUAACGUCAUCAUCGCCUACAGCCUGUUCUACAUGUUCUCCUCCUUCCAGUCGCCUCUGCCGUGGGCCAGCUGCCUCAGCGAGGCUGGCAGUAACUGUACCAACACACCUACGGUGUACUGCAAUGUAAGCGGUGUUUUAGUGACCAACUGGACUCUGCAAAACAGCACCUGUCCUUCAGCCAACAUGAUCACAGUUACAAUGCAAAGCCCGAGUGAGCAGUACUGGGACCAUGUGGCUCUGCAGAGAUCCAGCGGUCUAGAUGAAACAGGACCAGUAGUUUGGCACUUGGCCCUCUGUCUGCUGCUGAGCUCCAUUCUUGUUGCUGCAGCGCUCAUCAAAGGCAUCAAGUCAUCAGGCAAAGUUGUGUAUUUCACAGCUCCAUUUCCUUAUGUGGUGAUUCUGAUCCUGCUGAUCAGAGGUGUGACACUAGAGGGAGCCAGAGAUGGGAUAGAGUUCUACAUUGGUUCCCAAUCGAACUGGACUAAACUGAGAGAAGCGCAGGUCUGGAAGGAUGCAGCAACCCAGACUUUCUAUUCCCUUUCCAUUGCGUCAGGUGGAGUUGUGGCUCUUGCUUCCUAUGGCAACUUCCACAACAACAUGUUCAUGGACACAAUUAUUGUAACCCUCUGUAAUCAUGGUACCAGUGUGUUUGCAGGCUUUGCUAUCUUUUCAAUUUUAGGUCAUAUGGCUCACGUCUAUGGAAAGCCUAUUGGAGCCGUGGUGAAGGAAGGUUUCGGCCUGGCAUUCAUUGCAUAUCCAGACGCUUUGGCUAAGCUUCCCAUUUCCCCUCUCUGGUCUGUCCUGUUCUUUUUAAUGCUUUUCAUAAUUGGCCUGGACUCUCAGUUUACACUAUUAGAGGUGACCACCACCUGCCUGACCGAUGCCUUCCCUGAAUUCUUCAAAUCCAAGCGUGCCUUAUUGACAAUAGUGACAUGUAUCAUCAUCUUCUUCCUGGGCCUGCCAUGUGUCACGAGGGCAGGAAUAUACUGGGUGACCCUGAUUGACCACUUUACUACCAGCUGGGUGAUGUUAAUUUUGGCUAUCAUGGAGAUCGUUGGCUUCUGCUACAUAUAUGGGGGAAAUCGGAUUAUUAAAGACAUAGAGAUGAUGAUUGGAAAAAAGAACGUUUGCUUCUGGGUUUGGUGGAGAGCAUCUUGGUUCUUCAUCACCCCCUGCAUCCUUGUUGCGAUCCUGAUCUGGUCUCUCAUGACCUUUGUGCCCCCCACCUAUGGAAAGAUCAAGUUCCCAAAAUGGGGCUUGUCUCUGGGCUGGUGCAUAACUGCAUGCAUCCUUAUCUGGAUCCCUGUCGUCACUAUAUACAAGCUGAUAAGAGCAAAGGGAAGCCCAUGGAAGCGCCUGAAGUCACUGUGUUCUCCCUCCGAGGAAUGGCACCCCUUCCUGGACAUCUAUCGAGGAGAACGCUAUGCACAAAAGACCAGUAGCUGA